CUUCGUUUCAAAUUUCCUAUUAUUUCCAUCGCUAGUGAGUAAUUCAUUUCUUGAUUAUUAGGCUUGUCUACUGUAAUUCUUGCCCUUUAAUCCACCAUGAGGGUUGCGACAGAGCUCCCCCUUCGCAUCCUUACACACAACAUCCGAUAUGCUACCUCCUCACCUUUCAAAGGCGAGCGCCCCUGGGCAGACAGAGUACAGCUUCUCUUGAACGAGCUGCAGUACAACACACGCCAUGCGGAAGGCUUUAUUUGUCUACAGGAAGUCCUACACAUCCAGCUGGUUGACAUCCUCACUGGACUCAAUGCUUCCAAGCAGAACAAUGCGUGGGACUAUAUCGGAGUGGGACGAGAUGACGGCUGCAAAGCAGGCGAAUAUUCGCCUAUCCUCUUCCAGCCUUCCAUCUGGCAACUACGACACUGCGAGACUGUCUGGUUAUCUGAGACGCCCGACAUUCCCUCUAAGAGCUGGGAUGCCGCCUCGAUUCGCAUCGUGACCAUCGGUGUCUUUACCCACCGUGCCAGUCGCAAGACGAUCUUGGCAAUGAAUACCCACCUGGACGAUCAAGGGUCUCGGUCCCGACUAGAAGCAGCCCAUAUUAUUUUGCACAAAUUGCAGGAGUAUCGGACUGGGAAAGCCUUUGGCCCCAUGAUCUCGGGGAUGUUCCUCACAGGGGACUUCAAUAGUCAGGAAGACCAAGAGGCGUAUACCGUCUUGACGGCGCCGGAGUCACCUUUGGCAGACGCAGCGAAGUUGGUAAACCCUCGGGAGCAUUACGGAAACCACAAAACCUGGACGGGGUUUGGACAUGAAGGACAGGAUCCGACGCGCAUUGACUACGUACUGCUCGAGUCAACGGCAGACAAGGUUCUUAGCCAUGGUCGUCAGCCAUGGGCAGUGGAGGGCUAUGCAGUAUUGGCGAACCGAUUCGACGAUGGGGUCUUUAACUCGGACCAUCGGGCGGUGGUCAUUGAUGUGAUGUUAUACGACUAGUCAACUAGCGUCAAGGCCCCAUCAGCUGGGUUUCAUGUUUCCCAGAAUUUCCGAAUGCUUUUUAUACUUCAGUAGGGAUAGAAAGACGCAAAUACUUAAGAAGAUGGACUUUAAUUGCGAGGGAGAUC